AUGACAUUGGUGUUUUAUUCAUUCUCUGUUCAAAACACUUUUCUAAUUAUUUAUCUCGCCGGUUUGUUUCUAGAUGAAAACCGAGCUUUUUUGUUUUUUGAAUACUAUUUUUUCAGAAUCUUGGGAAAUUGCCAAGAAAACUGAAAAAAUGGACAACCAUCGAACCGCAAAUGAAUCGACUGGUUCUUCGGUACAGAAUCAGGCUGAUAGAAACUCGAAAUUUGUAACAAAUGGAGAAUUUUUGUAUAUGAAUAAAUAUAUGGACGACGUUUUGGACCAAAAUGGUGAAACUGGUGGACUUUAUCAUAUGGAAAUGAGAAUAAAAGAGGAUUUUCCCACAAUUUCCGCCAGAACUCUGGCAUUGUGCGUUGAUUCAAUGGCUAGAAAAUGUUUAUCCUAUGUAGAUGGUAACAAGUUUUUCACACCGAUGGAUUUUACGUGAGUUGGGUUAGAUUUUGGUGUUUUCAUCAAAGUUCUCUUAGUUCUAUUUCAAAAAUUGAUAAAAAUAUUUUUUCAAAGCAAAAUUUGAUAUAAAGCUUGGAAAUCUAGCCAAAUUUUUUACAAAGUAAUUGGCAUUAAUCUUCGAAAACAAAAUCAUGUAUUUUCAGUUGAAAACAAUUCAAACUUAAUUUCCUAUUUUUUUCAGAUUCAUUCAUCCCAGCCUCCCUGGCGGUCAAAAAAUGUUUGCCAACACAACGUAUACUAUGGUGCUCACAAGUUUUAUCAGCCAUGAAUUGUCAAUGCUGAAAGAAUCGAUUCCCGAUUUUCAAUUCGAUCACUCCUUGAAAGUUCGCGUCUAUUGUGCAUCACUUUAUAAGGUCUGUUGUUUUUGUCUGAAAAUCGAUGGUGACUUUGAAAUAGUAAAUCUUCUGAAGUUAUUUACUAUUCAAAAACUUUCCUUUUUGAAAAAUCUUCAAACAAAAAUCAAAUGAUAAUUAUUUGCAGAGAUAUGUUAUUGGAGAUCAAAACACAAUGCUGAAAGCAAUUGCAAUAGCAUUUCACAAUUAUUCGGCAAAAACUCGCAACACGGUCAUGGAUGAGGAUCAACAAGAAGCAGCAGUUAUGAAUUUGAAAGACACCUUCAAAAUUCAAGAGACACAUUCAUUGUCAAAAAUUUCCAAACUCAUGGACUUCCAAUUUUUUGUUUUUAAAAAAAAUGGAGAGAAAUGGAUAUACAACCAAGGAAAAUCAAAAACACUCAUGCUCAUUGAAGUGGAUGGAAUUUUCGAUGUUCACUUCUGA